UUAUACUUUCAACAUCAUUUUAAAAAUAGUCCCGGAGAUGUAUACUUUUACUGCAUUCCUACUCGUAUUUCUUAUUCGAUGUUCCGAAUCUUCAUCAUCUUUAAACGCUGUGAUCUUCAAUGAAGAAUAUAUGGAUCAUAAGAGUCUGGAUCACAAGACGCUAUCGGGACGGUGGUAUGAACACUUGGACACGUUGAAUAACACCAGCCGAGACAAUACUUAUGCAGACGUGAUGGUUUUAUGUGACGAAACAAUCAGUCUAGUGUAUGUCGCCAGUCGUUGGAUUCCGGCUCUAGAGGAGUGUCGAAGCGCAGCAAUCAGGAUUCACCCGGAUAGCGCAGACUCCCCUGAAGGAACAGUAAUCCGGAUAUCCACGAAUGAGACCCAAGGGAAGUUCAAAACACGAUACUAUGAUCCUCAUCCGACAAUGGGAUUUGUCCUGGUAUAUCAUCAUACACAGCUUGGUGAUGGCUACCAUAUCAUGACUCGCCAGAGAGACCCCAGUGACCUAGACGAUGUUAUUGAGCAGGUUCUAUCGGCUCUUCAAAUGAAUAUUCGGGACUUUUAUGUCAAAUCAAAGGACUUCGGUUGCGAACGAAAAGAAGAGAAAGGAAUCAAGAUAUAAAUAACAAAAUAAACUUAGCUUGAAACGCUAACGUUUUAUUUUUAUUUACAUCAUGACAUUGUGUACAUGUAGAAGAUCUUGUUUCCAAUCAAUGUAUCCAACAUUUGUGAAAAUAUUGAA